UUUGCUCAAACAUUUUCAAUGUGUCACGGUGGAUAGGCGAAACAGCUGAGCGCUGAGAGAAGUUGGAGCAACAUGUGAUCAUAUUCCUUAACACCUUCGACAGAGUUGACAGAAAUUUUCUUUUAGUGAUUAAUUAAUUAGCCAGACCAUAGAAAAUGUCGAUUAAUUGUUUAAAACCGUAUUUUGUAUGCUUUUUUCUGUGGACUUCAUUUAUGAAUUCGGUGGCGGAUCUUGAUAGCGGGACUCACACCGGGUGUCAUCGUGUGAAACAGGCAUAUUUACGGGAACAUAUCGGCCCCUCAGAUCUAGUCCCCAGUGAACCCAUUUACGAUCGUGACAUUUCAAUAUGUUUCAAUGCGGCAACUAAGGAUCCCAGUGAAAAAACUUGUUGCUCCAAAUCGUCAGAGCUGAGUUAUGUUACAGCAGCUGAAAACUUUCUAAGAGACACAAUACGCAUUAAGAAUGCAUAUUUAAAAAAACUAGUUAUGGACCAUAUUGUACAAUAUGAAGAGCGUUUAGAAAAUGUGAUCAAGAGUUCGUUCAAUAGAACGAGCCAACUGCUCAUAGACUUGUACGAUAUUCCAGCCAGUGCUCACGAGGAGGCUUUACGUGCUUUUUACCAAGACAUUAGGACUUACUUAAAGAUGAAACAUGUGAGUCUGUACGGCUCAGUGAACGAUCUUUUUGACUCGCUCUUUCCAUACUUGUAUAAAUUCAUAGUGGAAGGAAAAAACUCCUCCGUGACAUUGUCACCGGAGCAUAUCCAGUGCUUGAAAAACAAACGACAAGAUAUAAACCCGAACCCCUUCGGAACUCAGCAUUACAACUUGUCCCACAACUUGAAUAAGGCUUUGUCCACUGCCAAGUCUUACUUGGAAGUUUUGACACUGUUAGUGGAGACCAUUAAUGCAACCGAUCAUGUGACCUUGACGGAAAAAUGUCAGCAUUCGGUGACGCGGCUUCAGUACUGUUCGCACUGCCAACAGGAAGUGGAUAUCAAGCCCUGCAAGGGAUUUUGUCUGAAUUCUAUGCGUAGAUGUCUGGCGCAGCUCUCGGUAAUUAGUAGCGAUUGGAAUGGAUUAAUAAUGUCCGUUGGUCGCGUUCAGUCGUGGAUGAACCAAAAGUAUGACGCGGAGCACAUGUUGAAUCAUCUGGACGGGAAACUGGACACUGCCAUUAUGUAUGCCCUCAGCAACAGCAACCAUUUCAUGGACAGCGCCCAACAAAACUGUGGUUUCAAGACUGAAAUAAAUCCCAAGCAAGCUGCACCUAUGGGAGAAUCAUCAGACUCUUCCUCAAAAUCGGGUACCUUGAGAAAGAAAAGAGAAAUAGGUGGGGAGAUGUAUGAGAAAAUUCUAGAGGUCAUGAAGGAGCUGUUGACCUCACUGAAGAUGUUUGACACCAUUGCCGAUGAUAUCUGCAAUCAAGAAAUUUUUUACGACCAGGAUAUUAACAGUACAGAGUGUUGGAAUGGUCUCACAAAGGGGAGAUAUACUGAGGUGGUGGAGGAUAUUCCGACCCUAUUAACCAGAACGGCCAUGGUGAUUGACCCCAGGCUUGUAAGCCUGAAAGACAAACUAGCUGCCAUGAGAGUGAAUUUGAUGACACGGUACUCGGACUUUGAUUACACCCUGGACAGAGGCCACUUCCAGUCAGACUCGUUUAAGUACGGCAGUGGGGACUACCACCACCUGACGGAUGACGAGGAUCUUUGGGGCAUUAACUCCGGGGACGACAUGUACAGUGGUAGCGGUAGUGGUACCACCAUGGAAGUAGAUGUAGUGACAGAUGGUCCUGGAGUUAACCUUAUACCAACAAAAUCAAUCAAUAACUUCGAUAGUGAAGACUCCCAAGAUCCUUCAGGUGGAAGUUCAUGCUUGACUAUCUCCAUAGCAACAGUGUUAAUGAUGACCUUGACAUUAACACUAUUAUGAUAGUGCCUUGUGGUGUUUUUUGUUUUUACAUCAUUUUGUUUGUUUUUUCUGUCUUUAUUACUGGGUAUUCCUCCAAGAGAAAUGAAAUCUCUCUCAGAUUCAAGCUUUCAUGGAGGAAAACAUGCUAUUCAAGGGGAGAGAAUCGCUAUUGUUAUUCCUGGAUUUCAUGAAUCAAAAGUUGUGGACACAUGAUUCCCAUGCAGACACAUGAUAUGAUAUAUUGUUAUUGACUAUACAUUUGUAAAUCCAGUUCAUUAUUUUCAUGUUCAUGAAUAGAAGGCCUUCAGGUGUUGUGUAUAAAUGUGUACCUGUUGUGAUUGUAUGCUAGCUCUUCAUUUAUUUUUCAUCCCCCAUGACAUUAUGCGACUCAAAUGGUGUGGCUAUAAGUGCAGACAUUGAGAUGUAAGUCUUGAGAUAAGAAAAGAGUUGUCUAGAAAUGUUCAAGAGCUGUCAAUGUGAGAAGGUCAUUAUAAUGGCAUAAUGUGCAAUUUUCAUACAUUUUUUUGUCUAUUUUUUUUUCAUUUAUUUUGGUGGUAAAUGUAUUUAUUUAGUUCCUAGAACAUUUUGUUGGCAUAAUUCUAAGGCUUAAUUUCACGAUUAUUCUAUUAGUUAUAAUCUUUCAAUAAAAUUGACACUUGAGUAUGUUUCCAUGUAUAUUUAAGUUUUUUCUGUUUUUCAAGAUAUUUUGUUUAUCUUUUUUUUCUGCAAAUGCAAAUUAAUGCACUUUGAAGUUUAAAAAUUAGUAUAAUUUAGUUUUGUAAUUUUUAUUUUUUAUUGUGAUUUCUUAAAUGCUGACUAUAAGAACACUAUAAAUAACUUUUUAUGACGACUGAAUUUUUUUUGCAUUUGAGAUGAUAAUACAAAAUUAAAAAAAAAAAAAAAUAAUACCCUGCAGAAAAAUCCAGCUAUAUAGUAUGCCCUUUGAACUCAUGACCUCUUUUCAGUACUUCCUGUUGUUUUAAAAAAAAAAAUUAAAUGCAUAUACCAUAACUUGACUACUUGAUGCUCCUAACUAAACUGCUGAAAAAAUGAAAACGAUUUGUACAGUAUGUUGAAUUAAAUGCCUUAGCAGAAUAAAAGACUUUCAAAAUAAAGUCAUUUUGAAGCAAAACCAUCAAAUAUUGCAAGUAUUAAUUGUCAAAUAUGUGUUGUUAUAUCCAUUUGUAUUAAGUGUGUGGUGUUUAUGUAUAUUAAUGUACAUGUAAAAAAAGUAUGCAAUACGAGUGAAUCGGAUUCGACAUGUAUAUAUUCUUUUUACUUUAUGUAUUGAUUAUUGAUAUUUUUGUUUCUUAUGGACUCAAAGUCCACUUGUAUCCUCUUCAUAUUUUUUUUGUGUAUUUUUGUUUUGUUUUUAAUAUAAUAAAGAAACGGAGAGUAAAAUUGAAUUAAGCAGAAUGUACAUAUGUGAAAUGCCGGCCGUUGAUCGAGCUUUUAUCUGUGAUUUUACAUUGUAUUGUAAUUUUUGUCUAUAUCUUUUGAUCCACUGGUUUACCUAUUCACUGUAUACAUGUAAUACGUCACUUCCUAUGUAUAUGUUUAACUUAAUUGUCUCUAAUCUUUGGAAUGUAAGGAUACAAAUAUCAACACAAUUUCAUAAAUUUCUAGGCUGUUAUCAUGAAAGUUUUCUAUUUAUAUAUAUCUGUUUAUAUUUUUCUUGAUGCAACUUUAUCUAGAAUCCCUUCCCAACCACAGAAAUUUUUUUUCUAUCAAUAACCUUUAAAAAAUACCGGUAUUAAUACAAUCCAUAAUAAUUAUACUGUUAAAGCUUGCAUGCUUUAUGCAUGCAUGUUGGCUGAUAGCUAUAAAAACAAGAUAUUUUUUUCUGAAUCUAAAUUGCAUGUAUACAUUAUCAAAGACUGCAUAAAAUUUUUGCGAAUUCAUGUAAAAAAAAAUAUCAAAAGAUAAUUUAUUCAGAAGUCAUUUACAUGUCAAAGUGAAAGUAUUAUGAGGGAUACACAGAAGAUUUCUAUCAAAAGUCUAUACAUUUUUAUGUGAAUGUUUUUAAAAUCCUUACACCACCAUUUUAAGGUCCAUUUCUGCAUAUACGUGUGUGAAAAUAUCUUCAUAAUAAUUGAUUGAAGAAAAAUACUUGAUUUUAAAAUUUUGAUGGUAGCUACUCUAAUGACUAACUUAUCUGCAUGGGUCAAUCACUACCUCUAAUGAAGAACAGCUAACUAGGAAUGUAUUGUUAAUACCAUAUUGUACUUUGCUUUUUUUGUACCAUAUUGCAGUGUACAAUUUAUGUAUUUAUAUGUUUCAAUCAAACUUGAAAUCAAGAAUGAUCUUUUAUCAUGUAGGGUAAUUACCAUGUAUUUAAAAUUGUAAAACUGUGUUUAAAUAUUGAAUAUAAAUCUAAGAACUAAUUCACAGACAAGUUUUUUUUCUUGGUGCAGAUUUUAGAACCGAAGCGGAAUCUGAAAUAAUAGAUGUGGUAUUUGAUAAGGUGUAUUUGUUAUGCAACAUGUGUACAGCUUGUUAAUUUCUGUUGUUAAUGGAUCUAUGAAAUGUUUCUUAUCUAUCUUUGUAAUUGUUGAUUAAAUCAUGAUAUUUUACA